AUGACUGAAAUUGACCAGUCUAUUCUGGAUGAUGUUGACAUGUACCAUGACGAAAAUGAUACUAGUAAUGAAAAUGAAUCUGUUAGCAAUUCAGAAUAUACUAUGGAGUUUAUGGAGCUUGAUAAUACUAUUUCAUAUAAGUGCACAUAUAAUUUUGAGGACAGUGAGAGUGAAGCUCACAUUUAUGACAGCAGCCGAAUCAGUACAAAUACUUUUACCAAGGCCAAGUUGAUGAGUAUUCAUCUGUCUCAAUUGAUGCUACAGCAUAGAAUUGCUAGAGCAGCAUAUAGAGACAUUGUUCAAUUUAUAAACACUGUCAUUUGA